AAUAUAGACGGACGGACGGAUGGGGAUGGAGACCCACCCGGAGGGCGAUAACAAGCCUUUUCUUCUAGCUUCCUCCCUGGGAGUGAAGGGAGUUUGAAAGGCAGGAGGCAAGGACGGCUCUGAGCAGAAUUCAGGUUUUUCUUGGAAGGGUUUGCCAGGGCUUGCUGCUGCUGGGUGAUUGGGAUGUGGGAGAGAUGAAGCCCCUUUCAGCCGGUGCCUCGGUCCUUACUCACUGUUCAGUGAAGACACCUAGGCUUGGAAGGGCCCUGUGAGCCCCUUACUUUAGAAUGGGCAAUGCUGCUGAGAAACAGAAGUCCUGGAAACGAAGCCGUCUGUGCCCCUGGAAGCAAGACUCUCAGCGCUCCCAUCUCUCCUCCUUCACCAUGAAGCUGAUGGACAAAUUCCACUCGCCCAAAAUCAAGAGGACGCCGUCAAAGAAGGGAAAACCAGCUGAGGUGUCUGUGAAAAAUCCGGAGAAGCCUGUGAGCAAAGAGGCAACAGACAGAUUUCUACCAGAGGGCUGCCCCCUCCCCUUGGAUCUGGAGCAGCAGACAGUAGAGUUUAUGUCCACCAGUGCUGUGGCUUCCAGGUCUCAGAGGCAGAAGAACCUGAGCUGGCUGGAAGAGAAAGAGAAGGAAGUUGUUAGUGCCUUGCGCUACUUUAAGACCAUUGUGGACAAAAUGGCUAUUGAUAAGAAGGUGCUGGAGAUGCUUCCAGGGUCAGCCAGCAAGGUGCUGGAGGCCAUCUUACCCCUGGUGCAGAGUGAUCCUCGAAUUCAACACAGCUCAGCCCUCUCCUCCUGCUAUAGCCGAGUGUACCAAAGUCUCGCCAACCUCAUCCGUUGGUCUGACCAAGUGAUGCUAGAAGGUGUGAACUCAGAAGAUAAAGAGACAGUGACAACCGUGAAGGGGGUCAUCAAGGCUGUGUUGGACGGAGUGAAGGAGCUGGUCAGGCUAACCAUCGAGAAGCAGGGGCAUCCGUCUCCAACCAGCCCAGUGAAACCCAGUUCCCCAGCCUGCAAACCCGACGGCCAGUCUGAGCUCCCCCUGACAGAUCGAGAGAUGGAGAUUCUAAACAAGACAACUGGCCUGUCCCAGUCAGCCGAGCUUCUCCCAGACUCUACAGAUGAGGAGGUCGCACCCCCCAAGCCCCCCUUACCUGGCAUCCGGGUGGUUGAUAACAGCCCUCCACCAGCAUUGCCACCGAAGAAAAGACAGUCAGCUCCAUCCCCGACCCGAGUGGCUGUCGUUGCCCCCAUGAGUCGAGCCACCAGUGGCUCCAGUUUGCCCGUUGGAAUUAAUAGGCAGGACUUUGACGUGGACUGUUACACACAAAGGCGACUCUCAGGAGGCAGCCACUCGUACGGCGGAGAGUCGCCCCGCCUCUCCCCCUGCAGCAGCAUAGGCAAGCUCAGCAAGUCAGACGAGCAGCUGUCCUCUCUGGACAGGGACAGCGGCCAGUGCUCCCGGAACACAAGCUGUGAAACACUAGAUCACUAUGAUCCUGACUACGAAUUCCUUCAGCAAGACCUCUCUAACACAGACCAGAUACCUCAGCCAGUGGCCUGUCACCUCAGCCCGUUGCCGGAGUCCUUGGGAGAGUCUGGGUCUCCGUUUCUCGGCUGCCCUUUCCAGUUGCCUCCAGCACCCAGCAGCUGUCCCCAGCCAGAUGGGCCGUCGGCCCCAGGACAGCAGGUGGACAUGCCCCCUGCUCUCCCCGAGAAGAAGCGCAGGAGUGCAGCCUCCCAGACCACGGACAGCUUGGGCUGCAGGGUGUCCUACGGGCGGCACCCCUCCCAGUACGACAACAUCUCCGAGGAUGACCCGCAGAACCCAGCCUCGGGCCCGUCCGUCCCCUUCACGCCCUUUGCUGCUAUUCUCCCCUUUCAGCAAGGAGGGUCCUCAGCCUCUGUCGAAUUUGUGGGUGAUUUCGCUGUUUCUGAAUCAACGGGUGACCCGGAAAAACCGCCUCCUCUACCAGAGAAGAAAAACAAACACAUGCUAGCCUACAUGCAGCUGCUGGAGGACUACUCAGAACCACAGCCGUCCAUGUUCUACCAGACGCCGCAGAGCGAGCACAUCUACCAGCAGAAGAACAAGCUGCUCAUGGAGGUGUACGGCUUCAAUGACUCGUUCAGCACCGAGGCCUCGCAGGACCUGGCGCCGCCCCCCGCCCUGCCCCCCAAGCAGCGGCAGCUGGAAUCACCAGCUAUGAAAGACGGACAUCCCAGAGAUCCCUCGUCGGCCAGCAGCACGGCCGGGAAGGAGAGCAGAGACAGUGACAGGGCCUCAAGGUCACCAGAUGGUUCAGAGUUGGCUCGAUCGGAGGAGGAAGUGGAUGAGCUGUCCCUCAUCGACCACAAUGAGAUUAUGGCAAGGCUGACACUCAAGCAGGAGGGUGACGACGGGCCGGACGUCCGCGGCGGGUCUGGAGAUAUCCUACUGGUGCACGCUACUGAGACAGACAGGAAAGAUUUGGUGUUGUACUGUGAGGCCUUCUUGACCACCUACAGGACCUUCAUCACCCCGGAGGAGCUCAUCAAGAAGCUGCAGUACAGGUACGAGAAGUUCUCUCCCUUCGCCGACACAUUCAAGAAGCGCGUCAGCAAGAACACAUUCUUUGUGCUGGUGCGGGUGGUGGAUGAGCUGUGCCUCGUGGAGUUGACAGAAGAGAUCUUGAAGCUGCUGAUGGAGCUGGUCUUCCGCUUGGUGUGCAACGGGGAGCUCAGCCUGGCCCGCGUGCUCCGGAAGAACAUCCUGGACAAGGUGGACCAGAAGAAGCUGCUCAGGUGUGCCAACUCCGACCAGCCCCUGGCAGCCCGGGGGGUGGCCGCCAGGCCGGGGACUUUGCAUGACUUUCACAGCCAUGAAAUAGCCGAGCAGCUGACCCUGCUGGAUGCUGAGCUCUUUUAUAAAAUAGAGAUUCCUGAGGUUUUGCUUUGGGCAAAAGAGCAGAAUGAGGAGAAGAGCCCCAACUUGACCCAGUUCACGGAGCACUUCAACAAUAUGUCCUACUGGGUCCGGUCAAUAAUCAUGUUACAAGAAAAAGCCCAGGACAGGGAGCGGCUCCUGUUGAAGUUCAUCAAGAUCAUGAAGCACUUACGGAAGCUGAACAACUUUAACUCCUACCUGGCCAUCCUCUCAGCCCUGGACUCGGCUCCCAUCCGCAGGCUGGAGUGGCAGAAGCAGACCUCGGAGGGCCUGGCCGAGUACUGUACACUGAUCGACAGCUCAUCCUCCUUCCGCGCCUACCGGGCCGCCCUCUCCGAGGUGGAGCCACCCUGCAUCCCCUACCUGGGGCUUAUCCUGCAGGACCUCACCUUUGUUCACCUGGGAAACCCAGACUAUAUUGACGGGAAGGUGAAUUUUUCCAAACGGUGGCAGCAGUUCAACAUUCUGGACAGCAUGCGGUGCUUCCAGCAAGCGCACUACGAUAUCCGAAGAAAUGAUGACAUCAUAAACUUCUUCAAUGACUUCAGCGACCACCUGGCGGAGGAGGCCCUGUGGGAACUUUCUCUGAAAAUCAAACCUAGGAACAUAACAAGAAGAAAAACAGACCGGGAGGAGAAGACCUAGAAGUAGGUGCCGUGAGCGAGGAGAACGCUCGAGAGAGGCUCCGAGACCGGGAGGGACUUUGCACCUGUCCCCGGGCAGGCUGCACGUGUCCCGGCCCCAGGGCCCAGCCAGCCCUCUGCCGUGCGGGGCAGGAGCCCCAGCAGCUUCCUGCUGCGCUCCUCCGCGGGAGCGGUCGCCAGGCCCACCGUGGAGCCAGCAGGCAGGUCUCGUCCUGAUUUGUGAACCCGUGGUUCGGGUUCGGUUUCGGUUUCGGUUUCGGUUUCGGUUUCUGCUUUCCCGUUGUCCUCUCUCCGCCCCCCUCCCACUUGGGAGCCGCACAGGGAGAUGGGCAGACCAAGGCACAGUGGGACGCUCCUCACCCCUCCCUACAUUCUGGGGUCCUGAACCUGCUGAAAUGACAAGAGUGGAGGACCCUGAGAGGUGGGGGACCUGGAAGCAGAGGGACUUUCAGUAGGGUGGGCAGAAAGCAGAGAAGACCGGGGAGGCUCCUUUUACUUUCCUUGUCCUGCUUUUUAAAUGCAAGAUGGUGUGAGCUUUUGAUGUGACCCAGAGGGGUUCACCAGGUGGCCUUCCAGUAGGCCUGGGGCUGGCGCUCCCGUCACGGUACUGGCCCUCAGAACCGUCAUCUUCCCGUCCCUUCAUGUCCCCGACCGCCUGGCGCUUCGGGGAGCUAGGAAGAAGAUGGAGCAAGGGAGGACGUGGUUGUACCUGAGCCGGGGCCAGGAGUUCCGGGGUGAGUGAAGUGGGAGAGUGGAGGGGCCUUUCUGUCUUGGGGAAGGCCGGCAGACCCCUCUUCUUUCGCUUGCUGUGUGCCUUAAACUCCAUCUCCUGCCCCCCCCCCGCCGCCCCCAUGGGCUCCCCUCCUACCCUGCUCCAUCCUGGCAGAGCCAGGGGGGGUGCUGCCCUGCCCUUUCCACCAGUGCACAGUGAGCUCUGCCCAGGGAAGGACGGGAGGUCCCUGAUGGACGGGGGCGCCCGCUGAGGCUGACCGGCCCCGGCUCCCACCCCGGGGCGUACUUGCUCUCUCCACCUUCCUUGUUGGAAAUGGCGCUCGCUGGUGAGGUGGACCGUCGGAGGCAGGUUUGCAGGGAGGUCCCUGCACACGGGCCGGGCCGCUGCCCCCACACCCCUUGGGUGCUGGUUUGCGUGACUGAGUGCUUGCUUCUCCUGGGCUUGGGACUUGGCCAAGCAAAUGCCAGGAUCGAACUUCUUAAACAACCAUGUCACUUUGAGUCCUUCCUGAGUUUUGAGCAGCUUUCUCCACUCUUGUUUUGGGGUCCUGGACAUAGAGGGGAGGACAUCCAGAACUGCCAGUGGAGCCCCCUCGCGAAGCAGGCUGGCCGCUGCAGGCCAAACGUGUCACUUUCUUAUUUAAAGCGUGUGGUCUUUGUUCUUCAGCGGUGCUGGGGUGGGCUUGGUGCCCACUUUGAGUCCCCUCACUGCGGUCUUGUCGUCUCCCUUCCCAUCGCUCUGCUGGAUGCUGCUGCAUGCACGUGCGGGCGCCGCUACAGCCCCAGUACUGAUGCGGACUCUCCGCCUCCCGCACCUGUCAGCAGAUGGUGGGGGGGCUUUACUUUCCCUCCCCUCUCUUCUGGUAGCCCUGCCAGGUGGAGGGAGCAGUGUUCGGGGGACGGGGAGCCCGUGGGUCAGGGUAGCCCCUGCGUGAGGACCGCAGGGGCUGUAUGUGUUUAACUUAUUGGUUGACAGGCUCCCCAUCCCGCGCCUCCUUAAGACAUCCUCCUGGCUCUGGGAGUUGCCCCACCCUGUGCCAGCCCCGCAGCCGGGCUGUGAUUGGUCUUGGGGGACCAGGACCGGGUGUCCCUGCAGGUGGGGCUGAAGCCGGGGAAGGGUGGGCACAUGCCAGGUCAGAAGGAACCCAAGUCUUCAGAAGCACCUCCCUCUCCUCCAUGCCUCGCCCCUGUUACAUUGUAAUAUAUAUAUAUAUAUAUCCCCACUAACCUGGCUGAUGGUGGCAUCUUCCUGCAGACAUUUCAAACCUGUAACUUUUAUAUGAAAGGAAAAUAAACACAAUGAAAGCUGCG